CUUCCUCCCAGGAAAAUCACCCACCUCACCAAUAACCCCAGACAGAGAAUCUUCUCGAGUCCGGCCUUUUCUUUUUGCUCCUUCCCCUCCAUUUACUCUUCCUCCCUUCUCCCUCCCACUAUUCCCUCCCUAAUCUGAUCUGCGCGUUUGUUUGACGGCUGUCGCGCUGUCAAAUGAACCUGCAAUUGAUAUCCUUCCGACUUUCCCAUUCUCCUCCCCCGCUGUAGGCGCCAUCUAAAUGCCCACCAUUUACUCCUCCCUCUACUCGAAUUUCGUCCGUCAAGGAUCAACAUUCGCAAAGUCCAUCACCACCCACGGCUACGCCCAGUCCGUCGUCGCCGCCACUCACCCUCACGUCCUCAACUCACAGAACCGCCCUGUCUUCACUCGCCGUACCACCAAGUCCCGUCUCGGUCGUCUCUCCAACCUCCAACUCCACUCGGCCUUCCACACCGAGCGAGUUGUCACAACUGGUCUCUCCGAGCACCGUCCCAGUCACAACCAUGGAGGUUUAGACGACUACUUCGAGGCCCUGCAAGAGCAGCAGGCCGCCGGCGAACUUGACCCCGAAUGGACUCAAUUCGAGUUUCCCAAGCGCAUCGAGUGGAAGCCUACUGCUGCCUCCAUUCUCACCAAGGACAGAGUCUCUGGUCAUGACAGCGAGCACGCCCUCAUCGAAGAUGCUGAACUCGAAUCCAACCUCUCUUUUGAGGACUUGGCGGCCCUUGCCCAUAUCGACGCGGCCCUAGAGAAGGAGAUCGAAGCGCGGAGUUUCCAGGAGGCCUCUGAAAAUGCGGCUGCUUCUGGACGACCAGGUUCCGCCCUGGGCUCCCAGACCCGAUCCCCAGCGAUUGAAAGAUCGCGAACUCCGGCAAGCGUCGCUCGCAGUGCUACCCCUCCGGCCGAUCCCCAGUCUCAGACAUACGCCGACCACCUCCACAAGCUUUCCGAGAGUGGCCGCUAUGCUGAAAUCCCUACUGUGUUCGAGGCCAUGCUGGCGACUGGUGUACAGCCCAUCGCUAGCGCCUACAAUGCCCUCCUUGUGGCUGCGAUCCAUAUUCCUAUCAAGAAGAUUGAGAUUGUCUCCAAGGCUCUCGAUGUCUAUGCUGACAUGCUCCGAAGGAGAGUAUCUCCUGAUGCCGAUACCUUCAAUAUCUUGGUCGGUCUCCUGGCAUCCCGAUGUCUUGAGGUCGCCGAGUUGAAGGCUGGCCUGGAGGACAAGCGAGUCCGCUUUGGUGGCAUGGACGAACCCGGCAAGUUCAUGCUUGCUUCGCAUGAGAUUGAGCACGCCAUUCUCUGUGAGGAUGAUCGCCUGGAUCUUGCUAUCAAGCUGUUCGACACCUCGGUUGAUACCGACACGGCCAUGUACUCUGCUGAGACUUACCAUCAGCUGAUUUCUGCUUGUGCCCAAGCCGGACGAGCUGCCGAUAUGCUCCGACUCUUCGAGCACAUGGAGGCCAACCAGAUCGUUCCCUUUGCCGCAGUAUUCCCUACCAUGAUUAGUGCUUUUGCUACCUCUGGGGAUCUGAUCAGUGCAGUCGAGUGCUACAAUGAGUACCGCAACCUGGCUAUCGCCAAUGAUGAAGGUCAUGAGACUCUCCACGACCGAUUGGAUGCCGAGGUCUACGCCGCAGUCAUCAACGCCUACGUCAUCACCGACAAGAUUGAAGGCGCCAUGAAGUUUUUCCAGAAGAUUGUCAGCGAGUACGGUGUUCGUGCUGCUGACAUCAAGGAUGCUCUGGUCACUACUGGCUUUGUCAAGGGCUUCAUCUCCCGCGGCAUUUACCAGGAGGCUUUCCAUUGGGCCCAGGCUGUUGAGGCUGAAGCUCGUGCCCGAGCCAUUAGCCAGAUCGCCACCAUCUCUGCGGAUAAGGACGACAAGGCUACUGCGGUCGCUGCCUACUCUAGCAUCCCUGCUUACUUCGACGACUUGGCCACCCCAGCCAUGUCUCUCUUGGCCAUGAGUGUCCGAGAGGGAGAUGUCGCUGCUGCUGCCCAGUACUGGAGUGCCCUCAUCAACCCCGAGGUGCGAGCAACCGUCUCUUUCAUCGAACCUACUGCCAUGUACGCCGUCGCCUUGAUUGGUUCCGGUCAGGUGGCCGAGGGUUUGGCUCAGUCCGAAAUGAUGUUCCAGCGCAUCCGAGCUACCGAAUCCGACGCCCGACCUCAUCUCGUUGAGGAGAUUGAUGAGGGUGUUGAGUUUAUUACUCGCUAUAUGGAGACCCGGGGCAUUGCCGAUCCUCGUGAGAUGGCUUCCCAGGUUUCUAGCUUCCACCAGCAGUCUGCCUCUCCGUACCUUUCGACCCCGACCGUUUCCAGCUUCGAGGAUACCUUCGACCCCUAUGCCCACAACACCGAUUUCAAGGGAUCUUCCCUGAUUGCCGACGAUCUCGAGGGUAACCAUGGCCGCAAGGGACCCCGGCUGAGUGACGCUCUUAACCGAUUCCGAAAUAUGCGACGUGCCGGCCGACAUCCUCGAUACAUUACCUACGCCAAGCUGAUUUCCGCCGCUGCCCGUGACGGAAAGAUCGAUCUGUGCCACGACAUCCUAGCAAUGGCUCGCACCGAUAUGCCCCUCCAGCCUCAGUAUGCAGUUGUCAGAUACGGCUGGUCCAGCAUCCUCGAUGCCAUGGUCGGCGCUUGCCUUACCAUGGGUAACCGUGGACGCGCUGAGCAGUUUCACCAGGAGUUGCUGGAGAUGGGAGCCACUCCUUCUGCCAACACUUUCGGUCUGUACAUCACUACUUUGAAGGAUUCGACCAAGACUUUCGACGAAGCCUCUGAGGCCGUCCGAAUCUUCCACCGUGCCAAGGCCGAGGGUGUUGAUCCUAGCUCGUUCUUGUACAAUGCUCUCAUCGGAAAGCUGGGCAAGGCCCGUCGCAUCGACGACUGCCUGUUUUACUUUGCUGAGAUGCGAGCCCUGGGUAUUAAGCCCACGUCUGUCACAUACGGCACCAUUGUCAACGCCCUGUGUCGAGUUAGCGACGAGAAGUUUGCGGAAGAGCUGUUCGAUGAGAUGGAAGCCAUGCCAAACUACAAGGCCCGACCCGCUCCCUACAACAGCAUGAUGCAGUUCUUCUUGACCACAAAGCGAGACAAGGCCAAGGUCCUAGCUUACUACGAGCGCAUGAAGGCUAAGGGCAUUGCCCCGACUGCCCACACCUACAAGCUUUUGGUUGAUACCCAUGCCACUCUGGAGCCCGUCGACAUGAACGCCGCCGAAGAGGUCUUGGGCAUGAUCCGUGCCUCUGGUCAGCGGAUUGAGCCUGUGCAUUACGCCUCCCUGAUCCACGCUCGGGGAUGUGUCAUGCACGACAUGGAGGGUGCUCGCAAGAUGUUCGAUUCUAUUGUGAAGGAGUCCCUGGUUCCCGUCAAUGCCAGCUUGUACCAGGCCCUCUUUGAGGCUAUGGUUGCCAACCAUGAGGUUGCUGCUACCGAGUCUGUUCUGCAACAGAUGCGACGUCAGCGUGUUGACCUGACGCCGUACAUUGCGAACACACUCAUUCACGGCUGGGCUGCCGACAAGAAGAUCGAGAAGGCCCAGCAAAUUUACGACGCUGUUGGCCGGGAGAAGCGUGAGCCUAGCACCUACGAGGCUAUGACUCGCGCCUACCUGGCCGUUGAGCAGCGGGAUCAGGCCAAGGGCGUCGUAGGAGAGAUGCUCACCCGCGGCUACCCCAGUGCCGUUGUCAACAAGGUGCUUGAGCUCCUCGGCGGCGGCCAAGAGGCCACCGAUUGAGCGUGUCGAGUACCUGCUUGUACGUCGGUACCAUUGAUUGGAUGUUUGGUUUAUUUCUUUGUUGACUUGGCGCAAUCUGUUUGAUACCCCGUUAUGUUGGUUGGAACGGUGUUAUUUUCUCUUACGGGGUUGCAUUGAGAUUUCGAGAGGCGCACCCGCCCUCGAUCCCUUGAAUGGGACGGCGUUUAGGACACAAAAUGGGAUUUAUUCGGGACGACGGCCUGGGGAUGAAAGGAUUCGGGGCCGAACGUUGCCCAAUAGACAACACACCACUCUAAAUACGGGAAAACAAGAUAUUUGCAGCAUAUAGGGACCAAGGAGCAAGAUAAAGGAAACAUGGAGACAACUGGGAGGCGAUAGCAGAGAAGGGACCUGCUGCCUGUACUACCAUACAAGGAAAUGAAUAAAUCAAUAAUUUCAAAGUUCAACAAA